UGUUGCUAGAAGGGAUAAAGCCACCGCAGUCGUGCGAAACCUCGCCAUAUAAUUACAAUAAAUUGUUUUAGAUAACGCAUAAACCAACCCCAACCCUGAACCUAACCCUAGAAUAGUAAUAAAAUAAUUAUCAACUGUUUUCAGCGUGACAAAAAUUACGCGGUAUUGAAGUGCGCAUGCUCAGUGGCGGUAACUAGCUGUUUCGCUUUAACCCCGCGUCUGUAAGGAAAUCAUAUACACAAUUAAAUAAACCUAAAAGUAAAUUAAACUUAAUUAAGACAAUAUUACAUUGUUUUAUGGAUUCAUAAUAUUUCGCACCAUGAUCAUCAGCUGCUGCUACAUCUACGCACUGCUGGUAAACAUCUUGACUACUGAUAAAGUAUAUUCACAGGUGACAAUUGAUGGGGUUAUUGGAGGUUCUGUUCUCUUGCCAUGUGCUUCAAAUAAACAUGAGCACAACCUUCAAAACAUCAAUGUGCUUUGGCGAUACAAUGCCAGUAUGAACGUGUUUACUAUACUUAAAGGAAAAGGUUCAGUGGAGCAUCAGGGACCAAAGUACAAGAACAAAACAGAAAUUUUUCCUGAUGAGUUUUUGAAAGGAAUCUUCUCCAUACAACUCAACAAGCUUAUCCACACUGAUGCCGGAGAAUAUGAUUGUUACAUUAUACAUUCAGGAGAACAUGUGAAUGUCAAGCUGCUUAUUAAUGUGUAUUCUCAGGUCACAGUUGCCGGGGUUAUUGGAAGUUCUGUUUUCUUGCCAUGUGCUUCAAAUCUAACUGAGUACAAACUUCAAGACAUUGAUGUUCAUUGGAGACAUAAUGCCAGCAUGCAUGUCUAUGAUAUACUUAAAGGUAAAGGUUCAGUGGAGCUUCAGGAACCAAGGUUCAAGAACAAAACAGAUUUUUUUCCUGAUGACUUUGUAAGAGGAAACUUCUCCAUCCAACUCAACAAACUUGAACACACUGAUGCUGGAGUAUAUGAAUGUUACAUCGUACAUUCAGGAGAACACGUGAAUGUCCAGCUGCUUAUUAAUGAAUCAACGGAAGCAAAAGAGGCAGGAGAAGGAAAUAAAUCAGAAGAAACAAACUUAGUGUUUAUAUCAAUUACUGUGCUUUGCGUAUUUGUGGUGGUGGUGUCGUUUAGUAUUUCUCUCUUUGUGUACAAACGGUUUUAUAAAACAUCUAGAUCACAGGAGUCUUAUCCUGCUUCUGAAGAGCUUGAACCUGUGAAUCAAAAUCAUCACGAUUAGUGUCUGUUCACACUAUGGAUGAGAUCUAAAACUAUACAGCUUAGCAGUGACGGGGAUGCCACUAUGGUUGCUCCUGCACCUGAUUUGGUGGAAGUCAAACAUUAGCAAUUUUUUCUGGUAUCCCUCUUCUGCCCAAACUUACUACUGAUCUAAUAAGAUUGGGCAAGUAGGCAGCUAUUUCGUCUGGAUUUCUGUAACAUGAAAACUACAGGCAGAUUUGUUGCACUUGAACAUGCAAGAAUGUUUUUUUAUAAUAUCCCUUAACAGUGUGUCAUGUCUUUCUGACAUCAUGUAAACAUCAUGUCAAAACACUUACGAAACUUGUAAUUGUUCGGAUGAGAGAUUACAUUUUUUUGGUGAUUCAUUUCAAUACCAAUAGUUUGUUACAAACAACAUAGAAAUACUUAUUUUAUUCUGUAUUUUUGUUUAAACUUUUUCAAGGAUUAACAUUUCAAAGUUUGCUUUAUGCAAAUGUAUCGUUUAGGUUUUGUAGAACUGAUGCAUGUGCAUUCUCAAACUAAUCCACUUUUACAACAGCGAACACUUUGCUGUUGUUGAUUAUGUAUUUAUUGAAUGCUUGAAAAAAGACUGCCUAACCUUGUUAUAUUGCAGUGGUUUCAUAACUUUUUUACAUAACUUAUUUUGAAUUUACUAGUUGUGUGCUUUCUUUUUUUCAGUCAGUUGGUUUACAAUGUAUUUUGUAAUUAUUUGGUUAUAUUUUUGUCUGCCUUAAUGUUCAGACCUGCUUCUUUAAGGGAACAGUUUGAUUUUUAGAGGCACAAAACAGUGACACCAAAGAUCUUUAUUUUUGUAAACCUGUUCUUUAAGUCUUUAAUGUGUAAAUGUAUGGUACAGUGAAUAUUGCAUAAAUGUGUACUUAGCUUUUUUACUAGCUUAACUUUAUAAUAAAA